AUGGCUCCAAACCCGAAAAUGCACACCAACUUCGAAUCCUCGGAGCAGACGGGUGUCCUUUUUGAGGAGGAUGUGGAAACUGUCGACGGAGACUUGAUUACUGAUAGAUUUCAACACAAACGGGCUGAGGAUCGGAAGUUAGCCUGGGUCUGGCGCAAUAUAACCCUUUUCGCAUUCGUUCAUCUGGCUGCCUUAUAUGGCCUAUACCUCAUUAUUACAAAGGCAAAAUUAGCCACUACACUAUUCGCUGCCUUCUUGUACAUUAUUGGCAUGCUGGGCGUUACGGCCGGAGCUCAUCGUCUCUGGGCCCACCGCACCUACAAGGCCAAGUGGCCCAUGCGCCUGAUUUUGAUCAUCUUCAACACGAUAGCCUUUCAGGAUGCCGCCUUCCACUGGGCCCGUGACCAUCGAGUGCAUCACAAAUUCUCGGAGACCGAUGCCGAUCCGCACAACGCCACCAGGGGCUUCUUUUUCUCCCACGUGGGCUGGCUGCUCUGUAAGAAGCAUCCGGAUGUAAAGGAGAAGGGUAAAAGUCUGGACCUGUCUGACCUUCGAGCCGAUCCAAUUUUGAUGUUCCAACGAAAGCACUACUUUAUGCUGAUGCCACUUGCCUGCUUCGUUAUGCCCACUGUAAUACCCAUGGUGUGCUGGGAAGAGUCGCUGGCUUGCUCCUGGUUCGUGGCCACCAUGUUCCGCUGGUGCUUUCAGCUCAAUAUGACCUGGUUGGUCAACAGUGCGGCCCACAAAUUUGGAGGACGCCCAUACGACAAGAGUAUGAAUCCCGUUCAAAAUGCCUAUGUUUCCGCCUUUACCUUUGGCGAGGGCUGGCACAACUACCAUCAUGCGUUUCCUUGGGACUACAAGACAUCAGAGUGGGGUCGCUACUCCCCAAAUGUAACCACAGCUUUUAUAGACAUGUUUGCCGCAAUUGGUUGGGCUUACGAUCUUAAAUCGGUGGCUCCCGACACAAUCAAGAGACGGGUACUGCGAACAGGAGACGGCUCCCACGAACUGUGGGGCUGGGGCGACAAGGACCUGAAAACAGAAGACGUGCUCUUUUACAAUAAAAAUAAUAACCCAUAAAACCUAA